AUGUCGUCGUUAGAACAAUCAUUGGAUGCGAUCAUCGCCUCCAACAAGAAGCCUGCUCCAAAGAAGAAGGCCGUCAAGCCGGUGAAAAAGGCCGUCAAGCCUACCAGAGUCGGCAAAGCUGCUGCUGGUAAGACUGCCAAAAAGCCUAUUGUGAUAGCAAAGCCUGCGCCAUCUCCGGCCAGUGCUGUUGACUACGCGUCAAAAGUUGUUGUCUACGGAUUGCCUAAGGACAUCAAGAACGAUGCUGUCAAGGUCGGUGGUGUUAAAACUGUUUCGCUUUCGUACAACGAGAAGGGUCAAUCCAAGGGUAUUGCCACUGUGAUUUUCCAAAAGUCCAAGCAAGCCCAAAAGGCUGUUGAAUCCUACAACGGAGCUCCUAUUGACGGAGGAAAGACCACCUUGAGACUCGAAUUGAUCGUCAACCCGGCCCUCAAGCCACUGGCGUCCAGAAUCGUGCCUAACCGUGUCUCUGUUCCAACCAAGAAGGCGUCUCCAGCUAAGGCCACAGUCAAGGGAGCCAAGGCCAAGCCUGCGAAGGCCGCAAAGCCUGCUCCAAAAAAGACCAAGCCGGCCAAAAAGGCAGCUCCAAAGAAGAAGAAGACUAUCGAGGAGCUUGACCAGGAGAUGGCCGACUAUUUCUCUACCAACGAUAAACAGUAG